AAGUGCGAAAGAGCCAAAAACGCUGCGUUUUUUUCACCGUCCGUGAUUGAAGCGAAAACGGAAGUGAGCCGCAGUGAACGCUCUCGUGCUCCUGAGCCGUUGGACCUUCCGUCGCGAGCUCAGCAGAAUCUCCUGCCUACCCUAACGCGGGGAGCCAGCCCAGUCUUGUCAGCGCACGGCGGUGUGGUGGAAGAUGGCGCUAGCCGAAUGGAAAUCCUAAUGACAGUCUCCAAAUUUGCCUCUUUUUGUACCAUGGGCGCCAAUGCCUCUGCUCUGGAGAAAGAGAUUGGAUCGGAGCAGUUUCCGGUCAAUGAGCACUACUUUGGCCUGGUCAAUUUUGGGAACACCUGCUACUGUAACUCGGUGCUGCAGGCCCUGUACUUCUGCCGACCGUUCCGGGAGAAGAUCUUGGCGUACCGCAGUCAGCCUCGGCGGAAGGAGAACCUGCUCACCUGCCUGGCCGACUUGUUCCACAGUAUUGCCAACCAGAAGAGGAAAGUGGGCGUCAUACCACCCAAGAAGUUUAUCACACGGCUACGCAAGGAGAAUGAGCUGUUUGAUAACUAUAUGCAGCAGGAUGCCCACGAGUUUCUGAACUACCUGCUCAACACCAUUGCUGAUCUGCUUCAAGAGGAGAGGAAGCAGGAGAAGACCAAUGGCCGCCUUGCCAACGGCACAUUGGACUCCCAGAACAAUAAUAGCAAUGCCACACCCGCUCCCACCUGGGUCCACGAAAUCUUCCAAGGCACUCUGACCAAUGAGACCCGCUGCCUCACCUGUGAAACGAUAAGCAGCAAAGAUGAAGACUUUCUGGACCUUUCUGUGGACGUAGAACAGAAUACCUCCAUCACACACUGCCUCAGAGGUUUCAGUAACACAGAGACUCUGUGCAGUGAGUACAAAUACUACUGUGAAGAAUGUAGAAGCAAGCAGGAGGCACACAAGAGGAUGCGUGUAAAGAAGCUGCCAAUGAUCCUGGCUCUGCACCUGAAGCGCUUUAAGUACAUGGAGCAGCUGCAGCGCUACACAAAGCUGUCCUAUCGCGUUGUCUUCCCCCUGGAGCUCCGCCUCUUCAACACCUCUGGGGAUGCCACCAAUCCUGAGAGGUUAUACGACCUGGUCGCCGUGGUGGUGCAUUGUGGGAGUGGUCCAAACAGGGGUCACUACAUUGCCAUUGUUAAAAGUCAUGACUUCUGGUUGCUGUUUGAUGAUGAUAUUGUGGAGAAAAUUGAUGCACAGGCCAUAGAGGAAUUCUACGGCCUCACUUCUGAAAUCUCCAAGAACUCUGAGUCGGGCUACAUCCUCUUUUACCAGUCCAGAGACUAAAUGCAGACCCUGGUGCUUGACCACAUAAACCAGGAGAAAUGCUCGGUUCCCUCUUUGUGGGGAGCAGCAGACUGCAGACACACCACAGCAGCUCGCACGGUGUCAUACCUGGCCGCACAGCUGUAAUUCAUACCUGUGCUUUUACGCACUCACCGCUGCAGCUCAGCCGUGGAAGUUUCCCCUCUACGUACCAGCCGACCCCCGCUGGCCUCCAUGUGCCCCCUGCCCCCUCAUCCACCGCUGCUGCUGCAAGGACAAUGAGACGAUAAUGAAUGAAAACUGUCAAGAUUGUUUUUAAAAAGACGUUGAAUGAGGGUUGUACAGAUGUGGGUUGGUUGUAUGAGUGGCGUUCUAGUUUUUGCCUUGGGUGUAGGGUGAAUGGGUAUUUAAUAAUUCAUAUGAUGUUAUAUUGGCCUGGUGUCUUCACCUCCCACCAUGUUAUUCUGAACUGGGGAUGGAUCAUGUUUUUUGAUCAUGGAUGUAAAGAGGAUGGGGAGGCAGAGGGGGUGUCCUUACAGGGCACACUGGGCUGUGUAUUUCUACAGUGUACAGAAUGGUAUUUGUAUAAAUAUUACAAGAAGAUAAUAUCAUUGGAAAAUGUUAGACCUUGAGAAGAUGUAUUAACACUAUGGUGCACUUUUGAUACUGUUUUGUAGGUGUUGGCAAGCUUAAUGUGAGGGUUUGCUUGAAAAGGCCUGUUGUGAAGCGAUCAUUUUCUGUUUUAAAGAAAAAGAAAUAAAGCCAGUAAGAUUGA